GGGCAGAGCCGCGUUCUCGCUUCAACAGUGCUUGAACGGAACCGGCCGCUCCCGCCCCGCCGUCCGUCCGUCCGUCCGUCCGCCCGCCCGCCCGGCUGCCAUGGACUCCCAGGUCCGCCAGAACUACCACCGCGACUGCGAGGCCGCCGUCAACCGCAUGGCCAACAUGGAGCUCCACGCCUCCUACGUCUACCUCUCCAUGGCGUCCUACUUCGAGCGGGACGACGUGGCGCUGCCGCGGCUGAGCCGGUUCCUGCGGGCGCAGUCGCACGAGGAGCGGGAACACGCCGAGCGGCUCCUGCGCUUCCAGACGCGCCGCGGGGGCCGCGUGUUGCUGCACGACGUCAAGAAGCCGGAGCGCGACGCCUGGGGCUCCGCGCUGGAGGCGCUGGAGGCGGCGCUGGAGCUGGAGAAGUCGGUGAACCAGGCGCUGCUGGAGCUGCACCGCCUGGCUGGCGAGAAGGGGGACCCCCACCUCUGCGACUUCCUCGAGUCCCACUACCUGGAUGAGCAGGUCAAGGCCAUCAAGGCACUGGGCGACCACCUGACCAACCUGCGGCGCCUGGCAGGGGGGCCCGGGCCGGGGGGGGCCCCUGGGGGCCUGGCUGAGUACCUGUUCGACCGCCUCAGCCUGGAGGAGAGCAGCUGAACCCCCCUGCGGGCAGCCCCCUGGGACCCCCCCUCGUCCCAGGACCACCCCCCCCAGACCCUGUAACCCCCCCGCCCCAUCCAAGGGGGCUCACCUGCUGGGGGCUGCCCCCCCAGCAUGACUCCAAUAAAGGGUCUGUCUUUGCUCUC